UAUUUUGUGAUUAACCUAAAACCCCUCAAUCACUCUACUUACUAUAUAAAAGUAGUACUACUUCAAGAAUUUAGCAUUAAGAAAAUUCCCAUUUUUUGUUUUUUUUUUGUCAUUUUUUUUUCUCUUCAUAAUCUUGAUCCUACUAGGUUUUUGGGUUUUUUUUCUCUCAAGAAUAUAGAGAGCAGCCAUGAAUGCACUUGCAGCUACAAACAGAAAUUUUCGCCAAGCAGCUAGGAUUCUUGGUUUGGACUCCAAACUUGAAAAGAGUCUUUUGAUCCCUUUUAGAGAAAUUAAGGUGGAAUGCACAAUUCCCAAGGAUGAUGGAACGCUUGUUUCCUAUGUUGGAUUUAGAGUACAACAUGAUAAUGCUCGUGGACCCAUGAAAGGAGGAAUCAGAUACCAUCCUGAGGUUGAUCUUGAUGAGGUGAACGCCCUUGCUCAACUAAUGACUUGGAAGACUGCGGUAGCAGAUAUUCCAUACGGGGGAGCAAAGGGUGGGAUUGGCUGCAUACCAAAAGAGUUAAGUUUAAGCGAACUGGAGCGCCUUACACGUGUUUUCACGCAGAAAAUCCAUGACCUAAUUGGAAUUAAUACUGAUGUCCCUGCGCCUGAUAUGGGCACCAAUGCUCAGACCAUGGCUUGGAUUUUGGAUGAGUAUUCAAAAUUUCAUGGUCACUCUCCUGCAGUUGUGACCGGGAAACCAGUUGAUCUUGGCGGUUCGUUGGGUAGGGAAGCUGCAACUGGACGUGGUGUCGUUUAUGCUGCAGAAGCUUUGCUUAAUGAGCAGGGGAAGCAGAUUAAGGAUUUGACUUUUGCUAUUCAGGGGUUCGGGAACGUAGGAUCAUGGGUAGCAAAGCUUAUUCACGAGAUAGGUGGCAAAGUAGUUGCAGUUAGUGAUAUAACUGGAGCAAUCAAGAAUCAGAAUGGUCUUGAUAUACCAGCUUUGCUUAGUCAUAAAGAAGCAACAGGGAACCUAAUUGAUUUCGGCGGUGGUGAUGUAAUGAACACAGAUGAAUUGCUUACGCACGAUUGCGAUGUUCUUAUACCCUGUGCUCUGGGAGGAGUUUUGAACAGAGAAAAUGCUGAUCAUGUAAAGGCCAAGUUCAUCGUAGAAGCAGCAAAUCAUCCGACUGAUCCAGAUGCUGAUGAGAUUCUGUCGAAGAAAGGUGUUUUAAUUCUUCCCGACAUAUAUGCCAAUGCUGGAGGCGUGACUGUUAGUUAUUUUGAGUGGGUUCAGAACAUUCAAGGUUUUAUGUGGGAUGAAGAGAAGGUUAACAGGGAGCUUAAGAAAUACAUGACAAAAGCCUUUGGUAAUCUCAAGAGCAUGUGUCAAUCUCAUAGUUGCAAUCUUCGUAUGGGCGCCUUCACGUUGGGGGUGAAUCGCGUUGCACGUGCAACACAAUUGAGAGGUUGGGAGGCGUAAAUAUAUUCGCCUAUGUUGUGUUUAGAGACGAAUAAUCUUUUCCGUCCACAGCUGAAUGUUUGAAUGAUCUUUCUUUUCUGGUAAGAAAUGGUCUAAUUUUAUGAACAUGGAUGUUGUAUAUUCACUGGUUUUCCUUCUCAUAACUAUUAUUGCUACAUUUCUAAGCAUGUUCGAUACAUUAAGGGAUCGUUUAAUUCUGAAAUAUCUCACCUUAUCCCA